AUGGGUUCCAACAACGUGGAGGAAAUGGACCGCUGGGUUCCAGGGGAGGAUGCCUCGGGCUCUAGAAACCUGACCUGGGAUCAGCUUGACUUUAACCGGAACUGCUCUCACUGGGGACACUGGCUAUCAUCCAUGCUUCAAACAGAUUCCUGGAACCCCAAGGAAACCAUCGGUAUGAGCCUUCCAUCAGCAAUGUUAUACUAUGCCGGCGCCAUGCCUGAUGGCUAUCAAACUACCUAUGAUGAGGUCGCCAAGUGGUUCGCCUACAACAUGUAUCACACUCCUUUCCCUGAAAACUCGACCAAUCCCGAAUACUAUUUGUUCAGCGAGCGGUUCAACAACACUGUCUUGUUCGGCCCAAAGUCACACUGCCCGGCGGAGUACUGCAAGGCUGUUGGGUACACGGGGAACCAGGACCUAUGUGGGAUCGGAGUGGUCGUAUCAUACUACUUGGAAGGUGUGUUAGCGACAAUGUAUCUCAUGGCCUUCACUGUCCACCAAAUGCGACAACAUCUACACAGUCAUAUCUACAAGAAACCCCGGCCCGUACACAAACAAGGAUUCGGAACCAGAAUAUUCGAUGCGUUCCGCGGAUCCUUGGACAUAUUUCUGGGUGGUGCCAUGCUGAUCUCGGUGGCCAUGCUGGGUGCAUCCGUCUACGCCGGAGCAACCAAUGUCAAAGAGAGAACUGGAGCGAACCCUGACCUCCCAUCGCCGGACUCCAUCUACGAGACCGCCCUAUCUCUGAUCGCUUCAAGUUACUCCCUCUUCCCGGUCAUGCUGCUCUAUGCGCUGGCCAAGCACGAUGGCCAUCGGAAGUGGCUGCACCGGUCGGUGCUCUUUCUUCUCUGGGGGCUCAGCGUCACCGUCGUCUACCUUGCCCCGAGAGGCGAGCUCGAUUACGAUUUACGGAAAAGUGGCCAGAGGAAUUUCGAUUGCGAUCAGCGCGGCUCGCACUAUUGGCCCGUUGUGAAGGCUACGCAGUUCCUGGUCAUCGCCCUGCCACUUCUGUGGUUCAUCAUGACGAUCUUCCUCACUACUGGGUUCAAGAUUCCGGGCAUGGUCGACAAGCCGUGGGUCAGAAGAUGGAGAUCCAUGUGGCGCCUGAUGGUUGCGUGGAUCAACAUGCUUAUCAUGUGGGGGAUCUUGGCCUACUUCACAUUCUUCCGGCAGAAAAUCAUUGAUGCAGCCGAUGGUAUUGACCAGAACGACAAGUGGACCUUUGGCCAGGUCAUUGCCUUGGCGGCAUGGGCACCGAUUCUCGCCGAGAUUUUCUACAUCCUCAUUUUUGGCUUGGAGGACGGCUUGACGGGCCAUAUGCCUGCCGGCUAUCACGCUACGCACGUCGCCCAGUCAGACCCUAACAUUGGGUCACAGCAUUGA